AUGCAGCGGCCCUCCAUCAACACUUCCGCCUGCUUUCAGCCUCAGCAUCAGUAUCCAUUCCACGAGUACGACAUCCUGAGCAUCAGUAUCAUUUCCACAAGUAUAUACUCACAGGCACUGAUGGACGUCCCUAUCGUCGCCAACGUGCUCGGCACCCUCGGAGCCGUAUAUANNUGCUGGUCUGUCCAACUAAUCCCCCAGAUCAUCAUAAACUACCGUCGUCACAAUGCCACCGGUCUUCAGCCCUCAAUGAUGAUGUUCUGGGCAUGGGCAGGCGUGCCUCUAGGCGUCUACAAUAUAACCUCUUCCUUCAAUAUCGCUCUGCAGAUUCAACCUCAAAUCCUUGCCUUUCUGUCGCUAUGUACCUGGAUUCAAGUCUACUACUAUGAGAAGAAGUGGUCUGUGGUGCGCAGUCUCUGCGUGGUUAUCCCCAUUGCGAUCUGUAUGGCCGGCAUUGAAGUCGGCUUGGUGGUGGCCCUGGAGCGAGGCAAGGAUAGAGGCGUCGAGUGGCCGUCGACACUUAUGGCCGUGCUUGCUGCGACAUUCCUUGCCUGUGGUGUGGGCGCGCACUAUUGGGACAUCUACACCCAUCGCACCGUCAGAGGCAUUUCAUUCACCUUUUGCUUCAUCGAUGCCCUUGGAGACUUGACCUCAUUGAUCUCGGUAUUCUUCCAGCCUCAUCUCGAUGUCUUGGGGAUCAUCAUCUAUGGCCUCGAGCUUGUACUCUGGCUGGGCAUCUUUGCUUGUGGCGGUUACUACAAUCUGAGACCUUGGAUCAAGCAGAGGAAAUCUAGGACACAGAGGGAACAUGAAGUUGAUGGCCAACAAGACGUAGCGAACGGCAUUUCUCUGCACGCCAUGCCGUCUUCCACCUCUGCAUUCAGCACUUCCUCAGCCAAUGUUCAUGCGGUCGCUUUACGCGAUAGACAAACUGCUACGAUCUCGCAAGCAUGA